AUGCCUAACAAAUUCAGCUUUGACGAUUUGAUGAGCAGCUCCCCGCCGUCGACACCUGGUCAAACACCCCAGAAAGGCUCUUCAUACCCCUUUGGCGACAACCCGUCGACCACGCCUGCUGGCCCUCCCCCAUCGUCCGCUGCCUCCUUCACCCCCGCUGGCGCCCCGUCUGCAUCCUACCUCGGAAGCUCAUUGCUAGGAGGCACCACCGACCAGAAGCCAUUCAGCUUUGGCGGCGCAAGUACUACGGGCUCCAGCAGAAACCUCUUCGGAAGGAGCGACACCACUUCACAGCAACCCUUGGGCCGAUCAAUUCAACAGAGUGGGAAACAUGCCAGACAACCCUCGGGAUUGAGCAAAGAAUAUGACGCUGGCGAGCGCGAAGUCGCCCACGACAACCGGACUGGCCGGUAUAUGAUACCCGACGACUCAGAAGAGGAUGAUGAAGACGAAGACGAAUACGACGAGCGAGAAGUGGUCGAUGCAGAGAUGGAGCGAUAUCUCGAGGCCGAUAUGGAUGAGGACGACGUCGAUGCGGAAGCUGACGAAGAAGAGCUGGCUGAUGACGACGAUGACAUGUUCCUUAACAUGCGACACAGCACACGCCAGGAAGACGAAUUCACCUACUCAGAUGACGGUGGCGAUGGCAUCGACGGCGCCGAAGAGUCGGAUCUCCUGCUCCUGGCGACGCCAGCGGCCACAGAGCGCAUACGCAGAGAAGCCGAAGAUAUCUUCCGUGCUUCUUCUAUGCGCCGCUCAUCAACUAAUAGACGAAGCGAGUUUAGAUAUGCAUCGAUUGCCAAGGACCUGUACAACCAGAUGGGCAUGACAGUCAUAACGGAGUCUCCUGAGUUGGUUUUGAAGACGGAGGAUUUAGUGAACCAGUUGUACGAUGAGGGCAUUGGCGCGCAAGAAGACCCCGAAAAGCUUGACGUUUCCUUGUCAACCAUCGUCUACCCCUUGGUUGAGCUUUGGGACGACUUUUCCGAGACCUUACCGUUGCCUGAAGGAGAACAUGUUGCUGAAAUUGGCCCUGGCCCCGACGCCGAGCCUUUUCACAAGGCGGCCUACGUUGCAAGGCUGGUUCUCCAGAUGCAUCACACUCGCUUCGCCGAAGGAUCCGGCGAAAUCAAGGCGCCGCCUUUACCCGAGGUUCUCUUUAACUGGAUCGAGGAUAACCAUAACCUCUCACCUGAUCAGUUCGACAGAGUGAUGCGCCACAGACCCAGCCCAGCCAGCCACAGCCUGUUCUGGCCAACACUACGAAGCGCCCUCAUUCGCGGCAAUGUCAAUCUUGCGUCGCAGCUCCUGAGAAAUGCUGGUUGGGAAGCCGUCAGAAAGGGAACUCGGGCGGAGUUGGCGUAUACUGGCAAAGCCUUGGAGAACCUGCAGCGCGCCGUCGGUAUUACGUGUGAGGCACUUGAUAUGUGCCCAGCCAACAAGAAGAACUGGGAUAUCUUUAGCAGUGACUGGACGUUGUACCGCAUCCAAGCCAAGGGCUCAUUGGACAAACUACAGCGGUUCGCGGAAGGCAAGGAUAAGGGCCUAUACGGAGGCGAUAGUCACGACAGCUCCUAUGGACAGCCGUCCUUGGCUCGCCUCGCACGGAAAGCUGAGGGUCAAGUUCCUUGGGAUAUUUAUGAACACCUCCAAACUAUCUAUCAGAUCAUCAUGGGCACACCUGAUGCUAUCAUGGAGACAGCACAAGAUUGGUGUGAAGCCACGAUUGGCCUCUUCGGUUGGUGGGAAGAGGGCCGGGGACAACAGAAGAGUCUGCGCAUGUCUCGUUCGCAAGGCCUGCGCCGGCCUGAUGUUUCCUCUGGCCCAGAGAGCUAUUUCGAGCGCCUUUCCCUUGCCUUCCACACAGCGAUUGAAUCGGAAUUUCACUUCAACGCCAUGAACCCUGUCGAGGUCGCCAUUGCUUCAGCAUUCGAGUCGAAUUUUGCUGCAGUGAUCGGCAUUCUUCGAGCCUGGUCUCUGCCUAUUGCAUCUUCUGUAGCAGAGCUUGCAUCGCUUGGACAAUGGCUCCCUAAGCCCGAGGCAGCUAACUUGUUUACUAUGGACAGUUUAGACAUGGAGGAUCUCGAUAUCCUGGGAGUUGCCCCGCAAAGUGCAGACGAGGUGGAAGGCAUCAAGGAUACGACUCUCACACAUUACGCACGAGAACUUGCUGGCAUCGAUCAACUAUCUGACACUCGGAGCGGCUGGGAGAUGGCAAUUCAGGUACUGGGACGCAUGGACUCCGCCGCAAAGUCUGAGGAGAUGGUGGGAGAAUUGCUUGGCGAUAUUCUUCAAACGCUUGACUCUGAUUCGGGCGCCACCGUAGAUAAGGUCUGGCGUAUACUAAACGACCUCGGCAUGAUCAAUUAUGCCGAGCAAACAGCAGAGACUUAUGCGGAGCUUCUCGCAGAAGGCUCACACAGAUAUGGAGAGGCUUUGUGGUACUACGCUCUUGCUCACCGACCGAGCAAGGUUCGUGAAGUGCUCAACCUCUUGAUGUCAUACUCUCUUCUUCACUCUACGGUAUAUCCUCCUGCCAACGACCUAGACGACCACCUAUACCGCCUCCUCAAUGAGCGAAGUACAACCUUGGAGCAAUAUGCCAAGCAAGACCUCGAGGCAGCACAACUUCUUGGCCGCAUACUCAGUGGAUACGCCACUCUUCGGAAAUACUACGAAAUCCGAGAUACCGAUGGUUUGGCAGACAUGUCUUCUCACAAGUCGGCUUCUCUUCGCAGACAAGCGGCUUCCGCUUUGGUCGCUGUCAUUGCCAGUUCCGAUGAUAAUAUUCGCGGCGGUUUAUAUGACGAGACGCGCGACGCCGUCGUCAGCGAGGACUUCAUUCUUGCACUGCUUGGAGAAGCUCUUCCCUUUAUCAAUCAAAAUCCUUGUAUCAUCACUCUCGACCAGAUGGACGUUAUGCUUAAGGCCAUUGAGGAUAUUCAGACGGUCAACUCAACUAUCUUCAACGCUGCGGAUGAGUUUUUCAAGCUCGUCCUGGCUUCGGCACAGGGACUGAAGGGCUCCACGCCCGCCGACCUGAUGCGCAAGAGUACUGGUUCCCUUAGCGGAAGCAGCUACAUGCUUAGCGGUAGCUCCAUGCUGGCCAGCCAGCUAAACCGCUCGAUCAGCGGCAGCGGCGGCCUCUCUCGUGCCAACACCAAGCGCGGUUGGGACUGGAGGACGGGAUUGACAGCAAGCGCUUCAGCUGAAGAUAUACUUCGCAUCUUGAGGCUGGGUCUGUCGCGAGAUCUGGCAACACUAUGGCUGGCAGACGCGGACAACACGCCCCUGUACUAG